AUGAUUUCAUCUUUAUCGGGUGGAUCAGAAAAUCAAACACAAAAUAUGGUGAAAAUUUUGGAGAGUUUUGCUGCUGUCUCUCAAUUCUUUUUGGAGAUUAUUAAGAAACAAUAUGAUGGAUAUGCAGGUGUGGAUACAUCAGAUAUGUUACCUGAGGAGAUUCCACGUUUGAUCAGAUUGGCAAAAUAUCUUGAAUUGAAAGAUUGUAAAGAGUUUAUUGCAUUUUCAUAUAUCUUUACUUGUCAAUCAAGCAAUUUAUUGGCAGAAGUGGUUUUGUCUAGAUCAUCGAAAAAUAAUUCUGGAAUGAGUAAUAUAAUGACUAUUGCUACCAUGUCUAUAAUUGCAGAGAUGAGUACUCUUGAAACUUUGAGUUUUCUGAGUCCUAAUAGAGAACACAUCCAACAGGGAAUUAUUAUCAUUGACUCUGGUUUUAGAGAUAGUCUUUCAGUUAAUAUUCUCAAAAUGCCAAGAGAAUGUAUCAAUGCACUGGUGAAGUGUCCAUUAACUCCAGAGGAAUUUCUCAAAAUUGACAAGACUAAAUUGGCAGAUGUAUUGCUUGAGGAAAGUACAUUUGAAUUACCAGGUAUAAAAUCAGUCACAAAACAAAAAGGUUUGGAGAGUAGUGAAGAUGGGAAUGAGGAAGAUCUGGAGGAUAUUGAAAUUGACGAUGAUGAAAUUGAAAGAGAAUUAGCUCUAUUAGAAAAUGGAAAGGAGGGUACAACAGAUAAUAAUUUCAAUGUUUAUGAAUUCAUUCAAAAAGACAAAUCAGAUCCAAAGGCAAUAGUUCCACCAAAGAAGCCUCUAACCUCAAAUAUUGAAGUCUCAAAUUCUGAGGACUUUCUAUCUCCUUACAAAAAUGAUAUAGAAUAUCUGGACGAUAGAUUUAAAUAUCUUUGCCAAAAAAUCAGACUUAGAAAUGUAGAACUAGAUAAAAUGUCUGAAGAAAAUGAGGAUGCAGGAUUUAAAAUUACAAGAGAUAGAAGUCAUGAAAGUAUUAUAAGAGAAUUGAAAGGAAAAUGUCGUCUUCUCUUAAAUAAGAUUGAGAAGAGAUCAGAACAAACCAAGAAUAACUUUAUUCCAAGAUUAGAAAAGUUGGCAGCCAUUAGAGGACUGGAUGAAUUUGAAAAAUGGAUUUUGACAAUGUCUGCAGCCACAAUCAUAUGUCUUGAGGUGACAAUGGCAGCAAAUGCCACCAAUCACAGAGCAAACUUUUCAAGAGGAUUUACUGUUGGCUAUCUCCUUUGGAUUUUAUGUGAUGAUUUGGAACAGAGAAUGGCAUGUCGUUCCUAUUUCUACAAGAAGUCCAAAUUGAUUUUGGAUGGUAUGAUUAGAUUGAGUGACAAAAUGAGUGAUGAUCUGAUGGAAUGUUAUGUAGAUAUGGACAGAAGAAUGUUAGAUUAUUUAUGCAAUAUGGACUUUGAAUUUUCACAGGUUGUGGAAGGUUCUCAUCUCUUCUUCCCCAAAGUGAAAUUAGAAAAUGUUGUUUUACCUGACUCUCAAAAAUCAUUAAUUGUUGACACUGUUGCCAAUUAUGAAAGAUUCAAAAAAGCCAGAUUACAAUUAGGUUUUGAAGAUAUCAUUUCGUACGGUAAUUCAAUUGUCAUAAUGUUCUACGGAGAAUCUGGAACAGGAAAGACAAUGAUGGCAAAUGCCUUAGCAAAUCAUCUCAACCAAAAACUGCUGCUUGUUAAUUUUUCCAACAUGACUGAACAGAAGGGAGAAGUUAUGAAAUACGUAUUUAGAGAAUCAAAGAUUAAUAAUGCCCUUCUCUUCUUUGAUGAGUGUGAAUCCUUUUUCGAAUCUAGAAAACGAUCAAACUCUGACGUUACAGCUCUACUCACAGAGAUUGAAAAAUUUGAUGGCUUGAUUAUAUUGGCCACCAACAAACAAUAUGAAUUGGAUGAAGCCAUGCAUAGGAGAAUCACAUUGGCCAUUGAGUUUAAAGCUCCUGAUCCAUUGUUGAGAAGGCAAAUUUGGGAGAAGCACAUACCUCCUCAAGCCAAUUUCGCAAAUGUAGAUUGGGAAAGUCUUUCUCAAGAUUUUGAACUCACUGGUGGCUUGAUUAAGAAUGCAAUUUUGAGUGCUCUCACUUUUGCCAUUUCAAGAGACUCUGAAAAUCCUGUCAUUACUCAUAAUGACCUCGUAAAAGCAUGUCAAUUACAACUAAAGGGUCAUCUCAAAAUGGGAGAAUUCGAAAAGAAGAUUAUUCCAAAAAGAGGACUACCAGAUCUCAUUCUUUCAGAGAGCUUGAAAAAUCAAGUUAAGGAAGUUAUUCAAUUUGAAAAGUCUAGGAAAAUUUUGUUCAAUUUAUGGGGAUUUGACUCUUCUCUGUUUAAAAAGCAGGGUACAACUUGUUUAAUUGUUGGACAUGGAACAGGAAUUGGAAAAUCACUUUGUGCUGAGGUUAUUUCUUAUGAAAUUGGAAAGGCCAUGAAAGUUGUUGAUAUUAAUGAAUUAUUGACCAAAUACAGCUUCCACACAACCAAGAAUGUUGAAGCCCUCUUUAAAGAAUGUAAAGAGCUCGAUGCAAUUCUUGUAUUGGAAAUGAGCACAGAUGAUUCCUCAGGCAAUCAAUUUGACAAGUCAAUCAAAAUUUUAUUGAAUCACUUGGAACACUACGAAGGUGCUGUCAUUGUCAUUACAUCCUCACUUACUUGCCUCGAUAGUUCAUUAAUAAGAAGAUUUAAAUUUGUCUUGAACUUACCUUCGCCAUCCCUCACUGAGAGAAAACAAAUGUGGCAAAGACUCAUUCCAGAAAAAGUGCCAAAGAACAUUACCAUGGAAGAAUAUGAUGAAUUGGCAGAACACUACUCUGAAUUUUCUGGUGGAAAUAUUGAAAAUUGCAUCUUUAGGGCUUGUUCUAGAACUGCAUUUUCCUCAAAUCCAAAUCUUUCUUUUAAAUUGUUGAGAGAAAGUGCUGAGGAAGAAUUGAAAAAUUGUGGCUUGUUUAUUAGUCAAGCAGCUAAAUCAUCUCUGUAUUUUUAA